GAGGUUGUAAAUAUUAUUUUGUUAUUGUUUAAAUGAUAAUUAUAUUGUUUAAUAAUGAAUAAUUCAAAAAAAAUAAGUGUAAAUUAUUCAUCAUUAAUUGGUUUAAAAGCAGAGUUGCUUAGAAAAAAAGCUGAAAUUGAUGAUGCAAAAUCAUCAACAAGUGAUACAACAAAAACAACAUUAAAGCCAAAAAUAAAAAGUAAAAAAAAAACAAUUAAAAAAGAAAAAAAAGAUGAUAAAAAUGAUGAUCCAAUUGAACUAGAAGAUGUAAGUACAUUAAAAAAAUCAAAAUACAUGUUGGAAGCAAAAUCAAGAUUGUAUGAAAAAUUAAAGAAAAAUGGUGAUAAAGAUCAGAUGUAUUUAGUAGAUUUUUCAAAUAAAUCAGAGUCUGAAGAUGAAGUUUAUAAUGAUGAUGAUUAUGAUGAUGAUGAUGUUAAUUCUGAUCCUGAGGAAGAUUGGAUAGAUUAUACUGAUUGUUUUGGCAGAACAAGAAGGUGUCUGAGACGAGAUCUUCCUAAAAUGAAAGAAAAAGACAAUUUGGUAAAGCAAGAAGUUGUCAAUGAACCACCUGAAGAUGCUGCAAUAAAUAAGCAAGAUGAUGAACAACAACAGCCAGAUUUUAUUGCUCCACCAAAUGAAACAGAAAUUGAAUUAAUGAGAAAAAAAUGGGAAGAACAAACUGAAAAAUUAUCUCAUAAACCUGAUAUACAUUAUCAAGAUAUAUUAUUUGAUGAAGCAAGAACUCAUGGUGUUGGAUAUUAUGCAUUUUCACAAGACGAUGAAGAACGUAAAAAGCAACAAGAAAAUUUAUUAAAAUUAAGAAAAGAAACUGAGCAAAAACAAAAAGAAAUGUUGGAAACAAAAGAAUUAAAAGAAAAAAUUGAAAAUAAUCGUUUAAAAGCUGCAAGAAUAAGAAAAAGAAUAAGAGCUGGUUUACCAGCAGAACCAGAAGAAGAAGAAGAAGCAGCAGAAAAAGAAGAACCUCCAAAACAUUUAGAAGAUGUAAAAUUAUUAGAAAGUCCAAUUGCCAUAGCUGAUGAUUCUAAAAAGUCUAAAGAACCAAAUGAAAAAAAUUCUUUGAUAGAAAUUGAAGACAAAGUCAAAGCAUUUGGUGAACUACUUGGUAAACGUCCAAAAUUCCGUGAAUUAUCACAAGAAGAAUGGAUUCAUAAACGUCGAAAAGAUAGAUUAAAUGAAUUUGCUCCAGUUUAUGAUAAUUUUAAAAGUGGAGGACACUUGAAGGCAACAAGGCACAAUCAAAUUAUCACAAGUGAUAAUAGUACAAUUGAUCCAAUUAGAAUAAAUACUGGUGGACCAGAACCAACAGAUAUGUGGGAAUGUCAAAGUAAAGAAGAACAAUCUGAUGAUGAAAUUGAUUCAAAUUUUGUUGGACCUGUUCCACCACCUUCAACUGUCACUUCAUUUGAUUCUUCAAAUCCUGUACUUAUUCCUCCUAUUGAAAUACUUCGUUCAGUUCCACCACCAUCAAUUAAUUCUACAAUUUCAAGUCAAUUAUUUUGUCCACAAAAUGCUGUGAUAGCUGAAGCUAGUGAUGAUGAUGAAGACAGUGAUGAUUCUGAUAUCAUUGGACCAAUGCCACCUCCAAGUAUUAAUGUUGAUUCUGUUUUUGAUAUACCUCUACCAGCUGUACCACCACCACCACCAUCAUCAUCAUUAAAUACUGACAAUCAAACUUUAGACGAUGAUAAAAUAUCAGCAGGUCUCAAAUUUUUAAGACAAAAAUUUGAUAAAAAUGAAAACAAUUGAUGUAAUAUUAAUUAGAUAAUUAUUUUU